AUGAAGGAGACGUGCGGUACUUCCAGGCUUCAGAAUGAGCCUCAGAGACAUUAUGGAAUUACGACACCGAUUAGCCUGGCAACACCUAAGGCUAUAGACUUCGCUCAUACAGAGAAGUUGAUUAAAACAAUGAAGGUGUUUGAUGUAUUUGAGGAAGAAGACGAUCUGAAUCAUAGGCGGGCUGUUCUUGACAGACUGAAUAAGUUGGUGAAAGAAUGGAUUUUCGAACUUGGUGAGAGCAAGAAUGUGACAACAGAAAAUGUUAGUGGGAAGAUAUUUACCUUUGGCUCUUACAGGCUGGGAGUACACACCAAAGGUGCUGACAUAGAUGCUCUUUGUGUGGCGCCCAGUCAUGUAGAGCGAUCAGAUUUUUUUAAGUCCUUCUUUCAAAAACUAAAACAUCUGGCAGAAGUAAAAAAUCUAAGAGCAGUUGAAGAUGCCUAUGUGCCUGUUGUCAAAUUUGUGUUUGAUGGCAUUGAGAUUGAUCUUGUGUUUGCGAGGUUAUCUAUGCAAACUCUCUCAGACAACUUGGAUCUUGGAGAUGACUCACAUCUCAGAAGCUUGGAUAUAAGAUGUAUCCGGAGCUUAAAUGGCUGCAGAGUCACUGAUGAAAUAUUACAUCUAGUGCCAAACAAAGAGAACUUCCGGCUCACGCUCCGUGCAAUUAAACUGUGGGCAAAACGACGUGGCAUUUACUCCAACAUGUUGGGAUUUCUUGGUGGGGUUUCCUGGGCGAUUCUGGUAGCAAGAACCUGUCAGCUCUAUCCAAAUGCUAUGGCUUCUACUCUUGUUAACAAGUUCUUCUUGGUUUUUUCGAAAUGGGAAUGGCCAAAUCCUGUCUUACUGAAGCAACCUGAAGAGAGUGAUCUUAACUUACCGGUUUGGGACCCUAGAGUGAACCCAUUAGACCGAUAUCAUGUAAUGCCUAUCAUUACCCCAGCCUAUCCACAGCAGAACUCAACGUACAACGUAUCUACAUCAACACGAGCGGUAAUAGUAGAGGAGCUCAAACAUGGACUUACAGUUACAAAUGACAUUCUUCAAGGAAAGUCAGACUGGUCAAAGCUCUUUGAACCACUCAACUUCUUUCAGAAGUACAAACAUUAUAUUGUGCUGACUGCUAGUGCUGCUACAGAAGAGCAUCACUUAGAGUGGAUUGGACUUGUUGAAUCGAAAAUCCGUGUGCUGGUGGGAAACUUGGAGAGGAAUGAAUUUAUAACUAUUGCACAUGUAAAGCCACAGUCUUUCCCUGGCAACCAAGAACUGUGUAAACAGAGUGGGUAUGUGUCAAAGUGGUUCCUUGGAAUCGUAUUUAGGAAAGUGGAAAAUGCAGAAAGCAUUAACAUUGAUUUAACAUAUGUUAUACAGUCAUUCACAGAUGCAGUUUACAGACAGGCUAACAAUCUCAAUGUGCUAAAGGAAGGUAUGAAGAUUGAGGCAGCUCAUGUGAAGAGAAAGCAUCUCCACUAUUUUUUGCCUGCAGAAACCUUACAGAAAAGAAAGAAGCAAAGCAUGCCAGAUAAUAGCCAAAAUGCUAGUGGGCUUCAGUGCAAAAGGAUUUCUUCAGGUGGACACUGUUUGGACAGUUCCAGAGACACAGACUCCAGAACACCAUAUAAUUCCUCUUCAUUAAAUAAGAUAUCUAAACUGGAUACCUCUACAGCAGAAAUAGAAAGAAGUGGUGUAUAUCAGAGAUCUAGUGGUGCUAACAGCAGAGAGAAGAUACCACAUGUAGCUGUGCCAUUGAUGUCUAAGGGACUCUCCAUUCCUGUUGCUGAUUCAAAAAUGGAGGCUACAGUUGCAAUCAAAAGGUUGGGACCUCCAAGUUGUUGCGCCAUUGCAGGAUGUAACACAGUGUCUCAACUCCGAGCACGUGUUGUCCAAAGACAGCAUGAAUUAAGCGGGACUGCAGUUGUGGAUCCUAAGAAUGCUGCACCUAAACGACCUUAUUCACCAACUUCUAAAGGAUGUCACUCACCUACAUCACAAGAAUGCCCCAAAAAAACAAUGACUGGAGAAAAGUUAACUGGCCACGAUUCAGUGUUCAAAGAUGAUGACAAUCCAGAAGAUGUUGGGAGAUCUACAGAAAAUGGUGUUGGAGGAAAAUCCAUGCGGAUUCCCAUUAUCAACACAACAAGACAACAGAGGCUUUCCAGUAAAGAACUACCAGAUUCUUCAUCUCCUGUUCCAACAAAUAGUAUUCGUAUUAUUAAAAGAUCCAUCAAACUUACCCUUAAUGGGUAACCAGAAUC